AUGCAUUGGCUAGUUUGGGUUCUAGUGUGGUGUAGCGCUGUGGACUUAGCACUAGCAACCAACUACUCUAUCUGCCAAGAAUGGACAGGCUCCGACUUUUAUUCGCACUUUUACUGGUGGUCGUGGAAUGACCCUACCAAGGGCAAGGUGGAUUAUGUCACUCAAAAGGAUUCACAAAAGAGCAAUUUGUCAUUUGUCGAUCCCAAAACGGGGCGUUUUGUGUUAGCCGUUGAUACAGGCGAUCCAGUGCCGCUGAACGGCAAUUUCUCCGACAUGGGUCGACGCAGCAAUCGUAUUCAUUCCAAUCAUUUGUACGGCGAUGGCUUUUAUAUUCUCAAGGCGACCAAAGUACCAACAGGUUGUGCUACAUGGCCCGCGUUCUGGACAUCGACAAAGGAGCCUUGGCCACAAGGCGGUGAGAUCGACGUCAUUGAAGGUGUCAAUGGCAAGGGGCCCAACCUGGCCAGCUUGCACACGGACAAUGGCUGUACGUUGAAUACCAACGUAUCGCAAGUGCAGACAGGUCACUUGGACCGCACAAACUGCUCGUACCAGCCUGGAUGUGCCUCGACUUUCAAAGAGCCAGAUACCUUCGGCGAUGAUCUGAACAAACGGGGUGGUGGCUACUUUGUCUUGAUGCGCGACACGACCUUGAAUGGCUUGGGGAUCUCCGUGUACUUUUGGGGAGCGGAUGAGGAUCCAUCGAAACUUCCCGAGGCCAUUGGUGCUGCGCCCCAAAAGGCGCCAACGUUUUUAAACAGCGACGACAUUCAGCAUUGGGGCAAGCCCGAAGUGUUCUUCGGCUCGAACUACGGCCCGAACUCCAGUUGCGAUUGGUCGAAGUACAUGUCACUCCAUGAAAUUAUCUUUGAUACGACGCUGUGCGGGACAUGGGAUAAUGGCGCGUUCAGCGACGAUGGGUGUUCCGGCGUUUCGUGCCAAGAUUAUCUGGUAAACAAUGGCGAGAAGUUUGCUGAUGCCCGUUGGGAAAUCGAUUAUCUUCGCAUCUAUUCCAACGGAUGCGAGUACGAGCCGGACGGCAAGAAGAGCAAAGGAGGUGCCAACGCCGUUCGACCCACCCUAUGGCUAUCGAUAAUGAGCAUGUUGGUAUUCAUGCUUGCAUUAUAUGGACAGGGUAUGCUAUAA